CUUACAUCCACCCAAGUGGGAUGACCACCAGUUUAGGUGUAAAGAAGUGGAGUCAAUAGUAGGUUAUUCCUCGCAUAUUAUUUUCGAAAUUGUGACUUCUCCCGGGUGUGAUUUGGGUGCUACCGUCUGUGAUGGAAAACACUGCCGAUGACUACAAGAUCCAGUCGUUCGACCUGGACACACAGAUGUUGCUGAAAACAGCCUUGAAAGAUCCAAGUUCAGUGAACCUGGUGAAGGUAUCCAAUAUCAUCGUGGAUCAGUCUUUAAAGGACCGGGUUUUCAGCAAAGAGGCCGGACGCAUCUGCUACACCAUUGUGCAGGCCGAGGCCAAGCAGAACAAUGGCAGUGUGUUCAGGUGGAACAUGUUGAACCGCCUCCAACAGGAGUUCAAGAACCGCGAGGAGAUGAGGGGGCGCUCGCUGCAGGAGUGGGUGUGCUUCGUCACGUUCAUCUGCAACGUCUUCAACUACCUCAAAGUGAACAACAUGCCGAUGGUGGUGCUGGUCCAUCCUGUGUAUGACUGUCUGAUCCGACUGGCCCAACCAGAUGCUCUAAUGAAACAAGAGGAGGUGGACUGCCUGGUGCUGCAGCUGCAUCGCAUCGGGGAGCAGCUGGAGAAGGUGAACAGCCCGCGGAUGGACGAGCUCUUCUUCCUGCUGCGGGAUGGCUUCCUGCUCCAGGAGGGUCUUACCUCGAUGGCCCGUCUGCUGCUGCUGGAGAUCCUGGAGUUCAGGGCCGGAGGCUGGUUGCUCAGCGGCACGGCCCACAAGUACUACUACAGUGAAAUUGCUGACUAGGAUUGUCACGUGGAUAACGGUGCUGAGCAGCUGUUUCUGCAGUUGCGUUAGCCAAUUUUCAAGAGCCUUGGAUUCCUCUCCUUAGUCUCUUCUGAUUUAUAGAACCAGCAAAUGUCUGAAGGACAUUAACAGUGGAGGUGUUUGAGAAGAUGGCGGUUUUAAAAACUGUUAGAAGACUUUUUGAUUUGACUGGAUUCUUCCCACCGUUGGAUCAUGUGACCCAGACAUGGUGCUGUGGAUAUGGAAUGUGCAAUAGUUCACAAGGCGUUGAAGUUAAGUUAACGAGGUUUAGCCACUGGCAGGUACACUUUGUUUGAAAUAAGUUGAAGAUAUUUUUUCUUGUUUUUUAUCUUGCAGGCAUUCCGGUUUUGAAGAAGUAUUUCAAAGUCCAACUUAUUUUUUACCAAAUCCAAAGGACUUGGAACAGACAUUCCAGUAAGAUAAAAGCUGAUUUGGUCUUUGAUUGACUUAUUAGUGUCAUGUGACCACAUUUAAUUGAAAUCGAUAUUUAAAUAAUUUAGUUGCCAAUUUUUUGGGUGUGGAAUUGACCUUUUUACAAAAGGCUUGAAUUUCGGUUUCGAAAAAUUUUCGGCCUACUGCUGUAUUAUGAGGCCGUUUUAAUUACAUAGUGAUGUGUCUUCAGUCAGGGACCUUCUUUUAUUUUAAUUCUGUGUUAUAGCUCAACUAAUGCAUAAAAGACCAAGAGCGUAGAUGAAUCAGAUAUUCAAUACAUUUCUGGAUUCACAAGUUUAAUUUGUCAAACAACUCGUGCCAAUACAACAGCAAUAUGUCUUAACCAUCAUAUUUUGUAUUUAUCUGAAUCUGAAAAUCAUAGGAACUAAAAUCAUCAAAUAAGUGUUGUGCAGUAAAAAUUACAAUAUUUACCUCAAUUGUUCUGUAGCUGAGCUCAGUUUCACAUUCUGUUGGUAUCUUUGUUGACACUCACGGCUUUUGAUUCAGACACGAGCGUUAUGUUACAUCUCUGAAAUGGCAUUUUGAAAAGCUGUAUCUGUAAAUUAUAUGUAAAUAGUUAAAGGUUAAUAUAACAUUGACAGACAGAGCAACCUCAAUGUUAGAAAAGUAUUCAGCCAUGGCCAAGAUUUAGGAAAUGUCCCAUUGUAUUUCCCCAAAUAUUUUUUUAGUCGUUUGAGGAUUUCAGUUUAGUUUGAGAUUUUUCACCUCCUUCAGACCAAGUUGAGAAAACAAAUGUGUUCAACAAUGUGAAAUCAGUCCCUUAAUGACGGCACAGUGCUAACUGCAAUAUCUGUUCAUAUAUUUUAUUACACUGUUACAUUUUUACAUUUCUCAAUUCCAUUUUUUAUGGUUGGGUUGUCCAUGUAAUACAUUUGUUCUAAUAAAUCUUUGAAGUUU